AUGAUUGAUAUAUCUAUCCUUGAACUAGAAAUCGAAAGAGCUGAAGUUGAUUACCGUCUUGUUCUACCAACAAAUCCAAAGAGGCUUGCAAACUCGACCUCUUUAAUUGCAGUUAAGAACACCAUCUCGACAUCAACCGCUUCAGUGAAAAGAGCAUUUUCCGGCAUGAAUCGUAUCUGCACGAAGCUACGAUCAACCAUUCGUCCAGAAAGAUUAAGUGAUCUUUUAUGCAUUUCGUUAAACAGAGAUGUUGUUGAUUUGCUGGAUUUGGACGAAGUC